CAAAUAAUUCACAGCUUCAAUUUCAAGCUUCUCGAAAUAUCUCGGGCCACUAGUCCCUUACGACACCAAAUUAUAAUCUCUCAUCACUGCUCCCCUCAACAUCAGAAUCUGCAAAGAUCACGUGCCUGCCAUACAACCCGAUAUGACAUCAUAUCAGGCGGCAAGCCACUCCUCAGAGGAGGACGAUGAAGAUGACUACAUGAACAUGACUUUCGGAGAGGAGACAAAAACGGUGGAGACGUCGCUACAACGGCGACAACGACUCAGACGCGAGGGCGAAAUCAAGGGACGCGUCAAGUCAAAGGCAGAGCAAGCCGCGGAAGAACGAGCAGAACGCGAAGAAGCGCUUUCCCAGUCCCUGCUCGAGACAGCGCGAGCGAAGAAAAGCAAGGGCUUCGCCAUGAUGGCCAAGAUGGGCUUCAAGCCCGGCGUCGCGCUGGGUAGCAAGGAGAACGCGGAGAAUGCGAGACUCGAGCCGCUCCGCCCCGAGAUGAAGGAGGACCGUGGCGGGAUUGGCUUGGAUUCGGAGAGGAAGAGACGCUUGAAUGAGGCGGCGGAAGGGGUUGAGAAGAAGAGAAAGGUCGACGAGACGGAGUUCCGGGACCGGGUUAGGAGGGAGAGGGAACAGGCAAGGAUGGAGAAGCUGGUGUAUGCCGGGAUGAAGGUCUGCGAGAAGUUAGACGAGGAGAAGGGGCUGGAUGGGACGCAGGAAACGAAUAGCGAUGAGGAAGAUGGAGCUAAAAAGAAGAGGACGCUCUCGACCAGACCUCUGAAGUCCAUUUCUGUAGUCUGGAGAGGCCUCAUUCGGAGCCGUGAGGAAGCCGAGCGGGACCGCCGCAUGCGACACGACCUAGAGCAGAGCUCGACUCGUCUCCCAACUUACGUGGAUGAUCUGGAUGAUGAGGACGAUAAGAAGGCUAUGGGGAAAACGAGUGUGGCGUAUGUCCAGGUAGAAGAUCUCGAGGAAGAGGACCCGGAACUGGAUGAGUUUAACGCACUCGAAGUCGAGGAGAGACUGAGGAGAUUGGUCGAGUAUCUGAGGAAAGAGCACAAUUAUUGCUUCUGGUGCAAAUGCGAUUAUCCUGACGAGAAUAUGGACGGGUGCCCCGGUUUCACGGAAGAGGACCACGAUUGAUAGUACACUAUGGCGUUGCCUCUUCGACAAACUCAUCCUUUAAGGCGUCAUAUUAUAAAGCCUCUCAGAUACCCACAAGGCGUUGCUCUCUGUCCCGAUAUUCGCAGGAUAGCAUCGACCUGAAUUUUACGCCAAAAAUAAACUAGUUAAUUUAAAUCUCACUACCUAUCGUAGCAUUAGCUAUGAGGACGGUAAAAUCUCUAACUCUAGCGUGGGGUGUUGUUUUUUUUAAAACACCCUAGUACUACGUCUCAAAAUAUU